AUGAGGUAUUUCAUCAGGGAUUCAUGGGAUGAUCAUAGAGGAGGUAAUCGGCAAGGAAGAGGUUAUUAUAGAGGUGGCCUGCCGAGAGGAUAUAGGGGUCGUGGAAGGGGUCAUGGAAGGGGCAGAGGUAGUGACUUCAAUAACCCCAAUGACAAAAGAUCACCGGAUUCGCAACCACAGGGAUCACAGUCAUCGCAGACAUCACAGGCACAAUCUAAAGAAGAGAAGAGGGUAGAUCCGCUGUCUGGGCCAAUAGGACAGUGGCAAGCCCCAGCUGUGGUGGAUAACUGGGAAAUGGAAAUUUCUCCCAAAAGUAAAACAGAGAGCUGGCUGGCAUCAACAGAUUCGGACAAGCCAAGCGAGGCCUUGGGUGUAGCCAUAGGACAAUGGGAGCCUCCUACUCCUACAAGCUCUGAUCAGGAUGAGCUCCCCGUAGAAAAUAAAGAUAUUCAGCCGGUUUUGACAGAGACUAGGCCACGGAAGAUGGCUGAUGGAGGUGUAGACCAGUGGCCUGCUUCAACAGGUCAGGUCUGGAAUGGCACAAGUUCUCAUACUGAUAAACCAUCUUCUAGGAAAGAGAAUGAACUGAGGUUGAGCCAUCUACCAGAGCCCUCUGGGUUCUCAAGCCCAACUUCACCAGGUAGUCUGUCAACGACAAGUCUUCCGACACCAACGCAUAUAGACUGGGCAACAUGUGGAGCAGAUAGCGGGGAAGCUGAUUAUGGCAUGUGGAAGCCUCCUGAAGAAGAGUCAGCCUUUUCAUAUAAUUAUCACCCAUCAGAAGCAGAUUCAUGUCAGCAAAGCAAACCUUGUAAAGCUGACUCUUCCAUUCCACCAACAGCAGGAUCAGGCUCUGAGGCAGACGGACAAACAAAGCAAUCAGACAAUGGACCCCAAUUUGACUGUGAACCCUUGAAUACAAGUGAAAGUGAGCUCAUUGCUAAAAGCAGUUUAAAUGAUCAGUCUAACAUUCAGGUGAGCAACCCUGUGGCACCUUCACAGGAUGCGUCUCAAGAUGAGUGUGAGGAUACAGAGGCUGAUCAGGCAGCAGAGAGUGGGUCUGGAGACAUGGAAGGUACAUCAGAAAGAACUCUUAUUCCAUCUGAGACUCCAGCAAAGGAUGCUCCAGAAAGUGAAUCAGCAGAAGGUGAUGAAUCUGAUCAAUGGACAGCUGAGAGUGCUGUAGCAGAUUCCCAUGAUGCACCUGAAGCUGAAACUGCAGAGGAUAACAAAUCUUUACCUACAACUGACUCUGGCACAAAGGAGGAAUAAGCAAUGACUCACUGAUGAGUCUGUAGUGUGCAUUUGAAAUUGUGAAUGAAAAAAAAAUUGUGUACUCCAUGUGUUUUUGGUCUUCCAGAAAGAAUCAAACGGAAACUUUGAUGUGUUGAAGCAUGACUUUUUGUUACCGGGAUGUUGCAUAUGAUUGAAACAUAGGCACCUGCAUGGUUUGCAUGAAUGCUUUUAAUACAAAACUAACAUAACUCCCGUGGCAAGUAAGCUUCAUGUAAAAACUUUUUAGCCUGGAAAGCAAUGUGUGUAAAUAGAUGUGUGUCCCGGCAUAGCAUCAAGAUAAAGCAUUGUAUCAAUGAAGAUAUAGAAUGCAGGGAGUUAUGUUGCCAUAGCAGCUAAAACAAAACGAGUAUCUGGAGUGCUGAAGGGAUUUGUCAUCUUAUUGUGACAAAGAUUGUCCACCAUUUCAAUGGAGAGCUAGCAAACUUUGAGUACAUGUGCAUUUUUUUAAAAUUUAUGUUGUUAUAAUUUCAUGCUACUUCGUUCCUGAAUGAAGUUCGGCAGAGACCUCGUAAUCACUUUUCCUGUUGGUCUGUUAGUCCAUUUGAGAAAUAUUAAAGUUUUUGUCUCACCUGCAUAGCAGAGUGAGACUAUAGGCGCCGCUUUUCCGACGGCGACGGCGGCGGCGGCGUCAACACCAAAUCUUAACCUGAGGUUAAGUUUUUGAAAUGACAGCAUAACUUAGAAAGUAUAUGGACCUAGUUAAUGAAACUUGGCCAUAAGGUUAAUCAAGUAUUACUGAACAUCCUGCCUGAGUUUCAUGUCACAUGACCAAGGUCAAAGGUCAUUUAGGGUCAAUGAACUUAGACCAUGUUGGGGGAAUCAACAUCAAAAUCUUAACCUAAGGUUAAGUUUUUGAAAUGUCAUCAUAACUUAGAAAAUAUAUGGACCUAGUUCAUGAAACUUAUACAUAAGGUUAAUCAAGUAUCACUGAACAUCCUGCAUGAGUUUCACAUCACAUGACCAAGGUCAAAGGUCAUUUAGGGUCAACGAACUUUGGCCGAAUUGGGGGUAUCUGUUGAAUUACCAUCAUAACUUUUAAAGUUUAUGGAUCUGAUUCAUGAAACUUGGACAUAAUAGUAAUCAAGUAUUACUGAACAUCCUGUGCAAGUUUCAGGUCACAUGAUCAAGGUCAAAGGUCAUUUAGGGUCAAUGAACUUUGGCCAAAUUGGGGUAUUUGUUGAAUUACAGCCAUAAAUUUGAAAGUGUGUUGGUCUAGUUCAUAAAACUUGGACAUAAUAGUAAUCAAGUUUCACUGAACAUCCUGUGCGAGUUUCAGGUCACAUGAUCAAGGUCAAAGGUCAUGUAAGGUCAAAGAACUUUGGCCACGUUGGGGGUAUUUGUUGAAUUGCCAUCAUAUCUCUAUAAGUGUAUUGGUCUAGUUCAUAAAACGUGGAAAUAAGAGUAACCAAGUAUCACUGAACAUCUUGUGCGAGUUAUAGUAGUUUUCAAAAUCAGCACUGCUGCUAUAUUGAAUCGCGUGAUGCAGGUGAGACGGCCAGAGGCAUUCCACUUGUUGUUCAAAUAGCUCUUUUUUCUUCAUUUUUGCCUCAAUUAUGUUCAUACUUGGUACAUAUCAUCCUUGGGUGAUACCACAUGUGACCCUAUGAGAAUGAUUGGUUCAGAGGUCAUCUGGGGGUCAAAAGAUCAAAUGAUAGGUCAUGUUCAUCCUUUUUUAUGCCCCGCAGACAAAGUCCGUAGGGGGCAUUAAGCCCCCGUCCGUCCGUCCCCCCACUUCGUUUCCGCGCAAUAACUCAAAAAAUGUUUGAUGGAUUUUAAAAAUACAGGCUAAGUUCAAAUUCAGAGUCCGCAGGUCAAAGGCCACAGCUCAUUAAAUAUGCGAGUGUCACAGCUCAUUAAAUAUGUGAGUUGGUUUCCACAUGAUAACUUGAAAAAAAAAAUUGGGUGUGUAGGUAGAUGACGCCAAAAUACAGGCGAAGUUUGAAUUCGGAGUACGUAGGUCAAAGGUCACAGCUCAUUAAAUAUGCGAGUUGGUUUCUGCAUGAUAAUUUAUGAAAUAUUCAACAGAUUUUAAAAACGUUUGGUCAACUUUGGUGUGUAGGUAGACGACACCAAAAUACAGGCUAAGUUAUAAUUUGGAGUCCGCAGUUCAAAGAUCAAAGGUCACAGCUCAUUAAAUAUGCAAGUUAGUUUCUGCAUGAUAACUUAUGAAAUAUUCAACAGAUGUAAAAAAAAUUUGGGUGUGUAGGUAGAUGACACCAAAAGACAGGCAAGGUUCGAAUUCGGAGUCCGCAGGUUAAAGGUCACAGCUCAUUAAAUAUGCAAGUUGGUUUCCGCACGAUAACUUAUGAAAUAUUCAACAGAUUUAAGAAAUUAUGUAUGCGAGUUGGUUUAAUGGUCUAAAUUUGUUCAUUAUAUAUAUAUAUGCAUAUUGGUUUCUGCAUGAUAUUAAGUUCAAUCAUAUUGAAUUAAUUUCUGAUCGCGUUAAGCGAGGGCAUCUGUGUCCGUCAAAUUUCUAGUUGAAAUUUUUGUUGGGUAAUACCACAUGUGUGUUGCUGAGGAUGGUGGGGUCAAAAGGUUGAGUAUUUGUUCAACUUGGUCUCAAUUCUUUAUUUCUCCAUCAAUUAUGUUUCCACUUGGAACAUAUGAUCACUGGGUAAUACUACAUGUGUGUCCAUGAGGAUAAUGGGGACAAAGGUCAUCUAGGGGUCAAAAAGACAAAUGAUAUGAGGUCAUGUCCAUCCUUUUUUCAACUUUUUGUUCAACUUGCUCUCAUUCUUUUAUAUCUGCAUCAGUUGUGGUCAUACUCUGUACAAAUGAUCUUUAGGUAAUACCGCAUUUGUGUUCUUGAGGAUCAUAAGGUCAAAGGUCAUCUCGGGGUCAAAAGAUCAUAUUGCAUCUUUUAUUGAGACUCGUUCGUGAACCACCUUUAAUUUUAGGGAAAUUGGUUUUGCUUUUUAUUUUUUACUGUAUCACAUUGGAGUCAUUUGUUGUAGCAUUGAACAUUACAGAGGAAUGAUUUUCUUAUCAAUGAAAAAUGUAUUGUUUAUACCUACAGAAAGAAAAUCAUGUCAUAUUAUUUGAUUUUUGAUAUUUUGAUGUGAGUACUCAAAACACUUUUUAGAGCAUUUGAUGUUGCAUGUAUUUUGAUGAAUGUAAAUGCUUCCUAGUUUGAUAUUUCAAUGAUGUGCAUGCAGUCAUAAAUAGUUUUUUUCAGUAUUGCAUGGCUUAACAACCCCCCCCCCCCCCGAUGCAAGUAUUUCUAUUUCGUAAAGAUUUGUAUACCUACUAAAUAUAUUGUGCCUAUCUCAUGUGCAUACAGACAUACAUGUAUAUAUGAAUUUUAUCAAAUAUUUGGAUUCUCACAAUCUUUAAAUUUUUCUCAUUUGAAUUUUGAAUAUGAAAUUGAAUUUAAUUUUAUUGCAAUUUAUUGAUGUAAGUGGUAUAUUAGAAGUGUACAUUUGACCUGAAAAUUAUUUUAUAUUAUUGCUGUUGAUGAGAGAUUUCUUAGUGAUUUGAUUUUAGCUUUGUCUAUAUAUGAGGGUGAGGGGUAGAAUUAUUUAUGUAUAUGCUAUGUGAAGUGAUAAUAGUGGCUGGGGUGUUCCAUAAAACUGUUCUCAAUUCCAACUUUUGAGAAGACAUUGGCUGUGAAAAGCCAAAUAGGGUCCGAAUCAUCAUAAACUGCUCAAAUUAAAUUUGAAGUUUGGAAAUGGGGACAAAGAGAUACAUGUAAUGAUUUGCAACUGAUCUUACUACAUUGUCUAGUUGAAAAAAAGUAGGCAAGAGUUUCAUGAAUCACUCCAUUGUCUGAAUUGAAUUAAAUAGUAUUAUGUUUCCUCCAAGACUGGCAUGUUAAAAUGGGUGAAGAAAUAGUGUUGUAUGAUGAAGGAAAAAAAUAAUAUAUCUUCAAACUUCACAUAUCUUCAGUUAUUUCAUGUCAAUUGAAAAAUAAGCCUUAUAAUAUUGUACUCUAAUUAUAUCUGAAAAUGGAUAAAAGUUGUGAAAGUGAAUGUCUAAGUUUGCAUUUAUUGUAUAAGGGAUAAGUAAUACUCUUAACUUACAUGAGUUGUUUCUCUAUACAUGUCAGCAGGACACAAUCUGGAAGUCCAUCAACCUUGAGGAUUGUGGUGCUUUCCAAACUCUGCAAUGUCAUUGUAAAAUGCAAGCAGUUUAGAAAACACAUUUGUAGAUCCAAUCUGCAAUGGGCAUGAUAAAGGUCAAAUUGAUCAGCAUUAGAAAUCCUUGAGACAAAUGCUUGAUAUGUAUUCUUAUAGUAUCAGCAUUCAUGUUCACACAAGAUAUAUUUUAUGCAUAGUAUGUACUCAAAUGUGCAUACAUAAAAACAUCUCUAUCAGUUUGAAAGCUGUUACUUUAAUUGCUAGGAAUUGGCAAUACAAUCUGAAUAUUCUGGAUCAUUAUGAAGAAUUCUAAAUGUAAAUUGGUUCUUUAAAAAGGAUAUUAUUCAAGCUAUUUCUGUUUUGCAGAGGAAUAUUGAAGAUGAAUAGAUGACACUUAAAUUAGAAUUGUAAUGUCCAUCAUUUACUUUUUGUUAUUGAGCUUAUUGUUAACACCUCUUUGAAACACGGCAAUGCUUAUUUCUUUUUCCUUGUUUUUGUUUAUUAUGAAGAAUGUUAUUUGUAAAAAAAAAUUAUUUUAUAAAAAAAUGAUGUUCAUACUGUACAAAGGUGUUAUUUGUCUCUAUUUGAAUGAAAGAUGAUAUAUUUUUGAUGUAUAUGACUCAUUUCAGUAAUGCAUUUAAGAUAAUUGACAAAGUCUAAUCUUGAGUGUAUUUUUCUAAUAUGAAAAUAAUGAAUACAGAUGGAUUGAUUAUGUUUAUUGGACAUUUCCUAGCAAACUUUACAAAAAGGAAAAAAAAAACAUUAAAAAAGUUUCAAACCUCCUGAUGAAAAAAGUGAUAAGAAUGAUUUUUUUUCAACAUUUUUAUGAAAUAUUACAAUUGUGAAAGUAUUUUAGAAUGAGUUGUCAGUUAGCUAUGUAUGUGAGUUUGAAUUUAUUUGACUUCUUUGUCAUUAUAAUUACCUGAAAGCUCUUACCUUUUGUCCCAACAAAAAAAAAAGAAAAAAAAGGAUCAAUGUGGUUAUUCCUUUAAACAGCCUGUCUGCAGCAUUAAUAAUCUUGAAAACCAUAUUAUGUCCUAAUGAAUGCAUAUCUAUAGAUGUUUACUUUCAAACUGUAAAAACCCAAUAAAAGUUACUGAAGAGCUGCUAACAAUGAAUGAAAGGGCUAAUUACUGGAAUUCCCUAUUACUGAAGAGCUGCUAACGAUGAAUGAAAGGGCUAAUUACUGGAAUUCACUAAAAAAGACAAAGUUGUGUAAUGGGUAUAUUGUUAUGAAUAUUUUUUUCAUUGAUAACAUGAAACUAUUUCUGCAAAUAAAGCAUAUCUCUAUUGAUGAUUUACUGCAGAAAAGUAUAGAAUGUUCAAAUGUCACAAAGGAUGUGUUAUUUCAAUACGUAAUUCGUUAUUUGCUGUGUUUCUUUUUCUACUGUAACAUGUCAAUGGUUUAUAAUUAAUUGAUUUGCAUUUGUAGAAUGUGAAAUCACACUUGUAAGACAAAAUGUAUGUGCAGAAAGAUAGACGAAUAAAUAUCUUAUCUUAUAA